CGGUCUCUGACUGGAGGCCGCCGCGGCUGAGGCGCGAGCUGCCCGAUAAUGGCGGCCUGCAGAGCCCGUGAGAGGGAGAAGCGGCGGCGGCUAUCCUGAGAAACUUUGACCUUGAAGAUGGUGAGUAGCCAGCCAAAGUACGAUCUAAUACGGGAGGUAGGCCGAGGCAGUUACGGUGUUGUGUAUGAAGCAGUCAUCAGAAAGACCUCUGCACGGGUGGCAGUGAAGAAGAUUCGAUGCCAUGCACCUGAGAAUGUUGAACUAGCCCUGCGUGAGUUCUGGGCCCUAAGCAGUAUCAAGAGCCAACAUCCAAAUGUGAUUCACUUGGAGGAAUGCAUCUUACAGAAAGAUGGGAUGGUGCAAAAAAUGUCCCACGGCUCUAAUUCUUCCCUUUAUUUACAGGUUUUCAACUUGUAUAAAAGAAAUCUACAAACUCAGCUUGUAGAGACUUCAUUAAAAGGAGAAAUUGCCUUUGAUCCCAGAAGCGCCUAUUACUUGUGGUUUGUGAUGGAUUUUUGUGACGGCGGAGAUAUGAAUGAGUAUCUGUUGUCCAGGAAACCCAAUCGUAAAACUAACACCAGCUUUAUGCUUCAGCUGAGCAGUGCUCUGGCUUUCUUGCAUAAAAACCAGAUCAUCCAUCGCGAUCUUAAGCCUGAUAACAUCCUGAUUUCUCAAAGCAGGUUGGAUACCAGUGACUUGGAACCCACACUGAAAGUGGCCGAUUUUGGUCUCAGUAAAGUUUGUUCAGCCUCUGGGCAGAACCCAGAAGAACCUGUCAGUGUAAACAAGUGUUUCCUUUCCACAGCUUGCGGAACAGAUUUCUACAUGGCACCUGAAGUGUGGGAGGGUCAUUACACAGCAAAAGCUGAUAUCUUCGCUCUGGGGAUUAUCAUCUGGGCAAUGCUGGAAAGAAUCACAUUCAUAGACACAGAGACGAAGAAGGAACUCUUAGGGAGUUAUGUAAAACAAGGAACUGAGAUUGUGCCGGUUGGAGAGGCGCUUCUGGAAAAUCCCAAAAUGGAACUUCUCAUUCCUGUGAAGAAAAAGUCUAUGAAUGGGCGAAUGAAACAACUGAUUAAGGAAAUGCUGGCUGCAAACCCUCAGGAUCGUCCAGAUGCUUUUGAACUAGAACUCAGAUUAGUACAAAUUGCAUUUAAAGAUAGCAGCUGGGAAACGUGACACACGUAUUGUUUGCAAAUAUCUUGGAUGGUAUGCUGCUUGUGUUUUCACAGUGAUGCAACAACGUAAUGUGGCUGAAAAAGGAUAUAAAAAGCUAAACUCCACCUUCUAAGGGUUUAGAUUUUAUUGUGGGGUGUUUUUUUUCCUCGUUUUUCUUAAGUCCAAGCUGGCCAUUCUGUUAGUAUGUUUUAAAUGUGUAUUACCAAUGUGGGUGUACAUUUUUUAAAAUGAUCAUUGGAAGUUUGGCAGGAAAAUUCUCUAAGAGCCAAGAAGAGAAGAAAGUCCGGUUUUAUGGAAAUAAGUCUCUUAAGUAUUUUAGACAUUCCUUGUCAGUAUUAGGAAUUUCCAUGGAAGAAGAGGUUUGCAUGCUGGCAAUGCAACCUUUGAAGCUUUGUAAAGGAAACAUAUAUGUAUAUAUUUAUGUAUAUGUAAGUUUGUGAAUGUGUGCAUUUGCAUUCCAUAUGAAGAAAAUGCCACUUCUGUUUAAAUUAUUUGAUGUAGGUUUGGAUUUUUGGGAUUUGCUGGUGAAAUCAGUGAUGAAAAAUAAAAGAACCUUCCCUCCUCUUCCUACCCUGUCCCUCCCUCUAAUGGAAUCAUACUACAUUUUUUAUUUUUGUAAUAUUAUACAGCUUUUAUUUUUAAGGCAUCAUUUUGGAGGGUCUAAAAUUACCUGAUUAAAUGUAAAAUUAAGUGAUCCAAAGCUGCUGAAGUAUGUUUGAGCUCUCCAGUGCCCUAUAGCUGCACGAGUUGGACUGACCAUGCAAUCAUGUGGGAGCAGGUUGGCAAGUACCUUGGUUCAGUCACCUUCUUUAAGUAACCAAGCAUUCAACUAACCAAUUAAACCACUGCACUGGAACAUGUCUGCACUUGAGCAUCUGCAAUCUGAUAUAAAUCUGAACACAGGAUUCCUCUGUUUCUGAAAACUUUGCUAUAUAUGAACUGUCCUACUUGAUAUAUUAAUUUUUGAUUUCAAGACUUUGUCUAAGCUUCAGCAUAAAGUUGAAGAAAUCAAAAGAAAUCUACCCUCACAUCACCUGCCCUGAUAUGGCCUCUUGUUUAAUCACUGGAAUUCCUUUCAUUUUGGCACUAAUGCUAUUUUCUCUGGUCUAAUUUAACACCGUAAUGAUAGUGAUAUGGUUGUGUUAAAUGUUGAUCACCUUUUUCUAAAAUGGGAGAGGAUACCUAUACAGUGUGACAAAUGGAUAAAAUAUUGUGGCAUCAAUUAUAUCUUUCGAGUAGAAAUGUUACUGAUUUUAUACAAUCACUUGGUAUGGUCUAUGUAAAAAACCAAUAGACUGUUACUCUUCUUGAAGUUAGUUUGAUUUUUAACCCUGUAUGGUUGUCUCCAGUUUGUUUUCCUAUACAUGCAGAUAAUAAAAAUCUAAGGAAAGUCUUCCUAAAACAGAAUAUUAGCCUUUAAGGUUAGAGGACUUUAAGACCAUUGUCUCUAGGUUAGUCUUUAUAAAGCACUAGAAUCUUUGGUCAAAGUAAAAAGAAAAAAGGCAUUAGAAUACUGAAAUCGUUAAUAGUUUGCAUAGUCUCCUCAGCUUUUGUUUUUCUGAGGUUUUUUUUUUUCUUUAAUUGAAGCAUAAUUGGCACUCAAUGUGUCUCCUCAGCUUUUCUGAACUUCCACAAUUUUUAGAAUUUUGCUAUCAUAAUUGUUUCCUUAUUUAUAAUGUAUUUGGGGACUAGAGAAGGUGAAGAAGCACAAAAAAUUAGAGUAUGUAAAAUUUCUGAACUAUGUGUUACUUGAUCUGGAAGCUUAAAAUUUGGACCGAAAGUCUUUAUUGAAAUAAAGCCUUUUAUUUUUUGUUAAUAAAUUUUUUUAAAUAAAAAAAUCAUACUUUUAACAUCAUUUUCAAGCCAAUAAAUACGAGAAACUUUUUGGAAAGUAGAGGUGGAAAUACACUGCAACCUCAUGAUCAUUGACCCUCUGGAUCACUAAUUACUGUGACAGAUCUGGCCAAGGGGACUGAGUUACUGCAAAUGAAAAGCAGGCUAGUGUCGCAUCAGUAAAGUGGCACUUCAGCAGACAUUCACAAUGAUUCAGCUGAUUGCAGCCCGGUCUCCAGUUAGUCCUCAGAUACCAAGGUGCUGGGAGUCAAGGUUCCCAAGUACCUAGUUUUUGGUCUUGCUUCAUUUAAAAUAGCUAACAAUUAUUUAUUUUGAAAGAUUUCACCUGUGAAGUGGAAUUCUUUCUUUCAUGGGUGGCAAAGGUAUGAGGUGAUCAGGAGGUUUCUUCUGGAAUUUUCUCAAGUCCUUGUAUUCUAAAAUAGCCUAUGAUACCAAGAAAAAUGAUAGUAACUUCUUCGUCUUUAUUUGUUCUUUUGGUCAGAAGGUAUUUAUUAAGUACCUACUGUGAGCUCAGCACUAAAGGUCGGUUGAUAAAAUGACAGUUUAAAAAUGGCAUAUAGCCACAGCCUUUUCCAGCCAGGAGUAAGAAAUAAAAGGUUAGCGAUACUUGGGAAUCCCUGGAUAUUUGCUAGAGGAAAGCAAAAGCAAGAAUUUGUGCACAGUGCCUUGCCCAUAAUAGGUACUCAAUAAACAAUUAUUCCUCAGAGUCUCUUGCCAUGGUUUAUAGUGUUUUAUGAAAUUUGUCUUAAUUGAAAAAAGACCAAAUAUUUCAAAUAAGCUCAUCGGCAGCUGUGGCCAGUUAAAAUAUAGGGUUGUACAGUUAGUUCCUAGAAUGUUCUUUUGCACUAGUUGUCACUUAGAAAGAUGGGGUUCCUGUAGAUUUUUGGUGCUAAGGGAUACUUUGUCAUUAUGAUGAAGUAAGUGUUAAGUGUCAGAUAAAUAGCACACUGAAUAGUUCUUUCUGCUGGUCUGUUUUUUCCUCUUUGUUGUUGUGUUGUUUUUAACUGUAAAAUGUUUAUCAAUCAAACUAUUGUAGCAGCUACAAAAUAAUUCACCAGCAUGACAAAAUGGUCAAAAAAAAAAGUCAUCAGCACUUCAAAACUGAAAGCAAC